UCAUUUUAAAUUCAGCUAGUUCAAAUGGACAAUUCCAAGAAAGGAGCUUCAAAUGUGCCUGCCGAAGAAGAAGAUGAUCCCGAUAUGGACUAUUGGGCCACAACUCCAAAUUUACAUCAAGCCAUGUAUGAAUCUCAAAUCCUUGAUCAACAACAUCGAAUAGAACGUUUAUUACUGCGCAAUGAAUAUUUAGAAAAAUUCUGUACAAAUGUCAACAAAGAUUCAGAAAACCAAGCCCACGAGGCCGAAAAUGUAGUUGUUGAAUUAAACGUGGAAAUUGCUUCGGAAAGGAAGAAGAUUAACGAUAGAAAAAAAAAGUAUGAAGAACUAUGCCAGAAUAUCGACGAAGAAAAGUCCGCUCAUUUGAAAACGGUAAAACGAUUGGAACAAAGUUUCGAAUUAACUAGAAGACAACAUUUAGCAAAAAUUAGAAAUUCUACGGCGAAAGUUAAUGCCAUUGAACAUUUUAAAUUGAAUGAAAAAUAUUUGAGAGAUAAAUACAAUAAACAAAAUCAAUUGCUGUCCUACAAUAAAGAUGAAAUAAACAGAAUUUUAGAAAGUAUGAAACAAAAAUCAAUUUUACAUAAAGAAAAUUUACAAAAAGAAGCUUUAGCACAAGUGUUAUUUUUAUCCGUUAAAUUUCAACAAAAUUUAAAAAAUGUAAUCUCUCCUACUGUACAACGAUUAAUGCGAGAGAACAUUGUUCUUGAAAGUGAAAAAGUUCAAUUAGGAAACGAUUAUUUCUUAAUGAAGGAAACCCAAACGAAACAACGAAAUUCAGCCUUGAAUUCUAAAAAGAGUACCAGAAUUGACAAAAGUAAUAUAACUAAGCGUUUGAAAACUGGGAAGCUACAAUUAACUUUACUUGAAAAAUUACAAAGGGUUGAAUCAAAAAUAAAAGAUGUAUUGUCGAAAACAUUUACACCGUCAGCCGCUUUUGAAGAAGAUUAUUUAAUAAUUUUGAAAAACCUACAAAAUCCAGAAUCAAUGGGUUAUAAGCAUCGACGAAGAAAUCUCGAAGUAUUACUACAUCAAGAAAAGAUCAAAUUAACAUUAGCAAAGCAAUGGAAAAUAAGAACAAUGUCUGUUUUAAAUAAAUAUAAUAAUUGUAUGCAUCAGAUAAAAUCUAUCAUAAACGGGGCUAUUUCGGUAAACUACACGAAUUUCAAUGAUUUCAAAGAUAUGGAUUUUAAUGCUCUAGCAAUAUACCUAUUGAGUAUAAUAGAAAAUUGCAAAUACUUUAAUUCAUGUCAACUUACUAAUUCAGUGGAAACAAUAGCAGAUGUCUCCAGAGUGUACGUAGAUGAUGAUUUAGGAUUUGAGCCUGAGCAUGUAGAUUUGAAUUAUGAAAUUUUACAAAAAGCACAGAAUAAGAAAAAUUCUGAAUUGAAUAAUUUUGAUAUUUUAGAAGAACUACGAUUAUUACAGGACGCUCAGACAAAGAACUCAAGUACAGAAAAUUCUCUUAGUUUGGGAAAAUCAACUUCCGACGAAGAGAAAAUAUUACGGAAAUCUUUUGGCAUUGAAGCAAAGUUAUAUCAGUUUUCAUCAGACGAAAUAUUUUUAGAUUAUGAGGAACACGAGUUAGAAUAUGAUUUCCAAGAUGAAAUUGAUUACAUAAAUUGAAAUUAUAAAUUAUUAUUUGAUUAUGAUUACCGAAAAUAUUAAACUCAAAAUUAAAUAUUAAGUCGAAACGAAGAUCAGUGAAAAAUGUAAUUUUUUCUUCCGUGUUAUGAACGAUUGUCGAAGUUUAUUCUACCCGUCACUACCCCU